GGCAUAAAAUGCUGCCAGCUGAUUAUUUGCGCUUGAUAUAUUUAUAGCGCUUGUGAAGAUGAGAUGCAAUGGCUUUGCUGCGGAACAUAUCCAAUAGUUUUUGUCGCAUUUUUCAACGGCAAGCCAGUUCCGAUUCCGCUUGUACCAUCUAUAGCCUGAGUUCCGGCCACGUAAAGUGUGGCGUUUCCGUUAUACGCCUCUCGGGACCAAGGACAAAACAGGCAUUGCGAGCCAUAAUAGCAAGUGGAAGUAAAAACACUCAAAAUGGAUUUGAAUUCGAGCCAAAGCCCAGACAGGCCUAUCUUAAAUCCUUCUAUCACCCAGUUAGCAAAGAGAUGAUAGAUAGAGGUCUAUUACUCUGGUUCCCAGGGCCGGCUUCAUUCACUGGAGAGGAUUCCUGUGAGUUUCAAGUGCAUGGUUCUCUAGCUGUAAUAGCUGCCAUGUUGGAUGCACUGGGUCAGUGUGAUGGCUUAAGGCCGGCGGAACCGGGCGAAUUCACCAAGCGAGCCUUCUUUGGAGGCAAACUAGAUUUAACAGAAGUUGAGGGCUUGGCUGAUCUUAUACAUGCUGAAACUGAAGCCCAAAGAAAGCAGGCCCUACUACAAAGUACUGGAGCACUGGCCCGUCUCUAUGAUAGCUGGCGCAAGCGGCUUAUUCGUUGUGCUGCACAUUUGGAGGCAUACAUUGACUUUGCCGAAGAAGAGCAAAUCGAAGGCGGAGUGAUUCUUCAACUGACUCGUGAACUAAAUACUGUGAAAGCAGAAAUACGGGAUCACUUGAACGACCAGCGUCAGGGUGAACUUUUGCGUGAUGGUGUCCGCACUUGCAUUGUGGGUGCACCCAAUGUAGGCAAAAGUAGUCUCCUAAAUAUGCUCUGUCAAAGAUCUGUAUCCAUUGUGACUCCUCAGGCUGGGACAACUCGUGACAUAAUAGAGACCAUGCACAAUUUUGGUGGUUAUCCGGUGGUUUUUGCCGAUACAGCUGGUCUACGUAGGCAAACCAGCGAUGCCAUAGAACUGGAGGGCAUGCAACGAGCCAAACAGUGGAUCAACCAAUCCGAUUUGAUACUUCUCGUUGCCGAUGCUAGAGAAUUGGCAACAUUAGACAGUAGCCAAUCGAAAUCAUUAACUAACUAUAUAGAAAAAUACCUGAAUGAUCUGGAUAUACAGCUAGAUCUAUAUAAUGGCAAUGUGUUAAAACUAGUGGCUAAUAAAACCGACACUCUGACGACAGACGAGUUGAAAAAUCUCCAUAAACUUAGCAAUAUUUUGACAAUAUCGUGUCUUCAACCAACUAACGAGGCAUUGCAACGAUUUCUUCAAGCUCUGGAGCAACAAUUGCAGCAACUAUGCGGCACACCACGAGCAGAACAUCCACGCAUCACCCACAUGCGCUAUCGCCAGCAACUGGAGCGCUGCAUUGAGCACAUUGACAUAUUUUUAAGCGAUUACAAACCAGAUGUCUAUCCAGACAUGGCAAUAGCCGCACAGAAAUUACGUCAAUCGGUCCGCUGCAUAGAACGCAUCACCGGUCAUGUCAGCUGCGAAGAUAUACUAGAUGUGGUGUUCAAGGACUUCUGUAUUGGAAAAUAGUUCUUAAGAAUAAAUAACUUAGAGACUGCAUCCAGUUAAACUUAGUAGAUAUUCUGACCCGUUGAGUAUUUUGUGGUGAAACAUAUAAUCCCUUCAUAUUUAAUUUUUAUAAACAUUGGAAUAAUAUAUAUGAUUAUCAUAGAAUA